AUGCGCCUCCACACCGUUACGAUCAUUGUAAGAAAGAACCCAAAAUUUAUUGCUCCUGAGAUGUUGUCUAUGAUGAUGCAACUCUUUAAACUUAAGCUUAAAGAAAGUGUAAAUCUCACGUUUGAUUUUGACUGGAUUGGCAACCCAAACUCGACUGAUGUUCAAACCAUGGUUGCAGGAACGAGGGUUCCCAGAAUACCCUUCCCAACAAUCUUCGAUGACCUGCUACCCUCCGCUAUUGCUUUAACCACCGUCCGGUCACCGCCUCAACCUCUACCAGAGCUGUCGCUUGCGCCGCCCUCCACCCCCUCAAACUCGUCGACAGCGACAUCAGGAAGAUAAUCCCCUUCCAAGAGCAAUCAAUAGUUGAAAAGAUAUCGGGACUAUAUUGCAAUGACUUCAAAUGAUAAUGGUGGAGUUGGAGAAGAAAAAUCAAACUGAUGUAGAGUCAAACAUAUUGUGAAUCUUCAUUGACAUUUUUGUCCCUGGUGUAUAUUUGAAGGUUAUGGAGAUAUCACUCAUGUGGAACACACAAAAACAUGGUUGUAUACAUGUAAUGUAAGCAUAUAAGCAUAUAGCUCAGGUUAUUUUUGUAAGCUUGUUUAAGAGUGUGUUUAUAGUAAUAUACUUUUAUUGAUUUAUAGUAAUGUGAUUCUAUUUUGUUAUAGCAAUGUUAUCCAAAACAAAGCAAUUUUGAUUGCUAUAGUUGAUAGACUUGUGUCUAAUUUUGAUUUAAGUUUAAUUUGCAUUUUAUAUA